GUCUGUGGAGCGGGGCCUGCACCGGUGCACGGGGGCCAUGGCGAACGGCGGGGCGUAGUCUGAGCUUUGGGGCGUGGCCAUGCUGAGUGCCGGGGCGAGCCCAGCGCUGCCUGUCGGGGCCCACUCGGGUGCGCGGCAGAAGCGCCGGGGACCACGACAAGCGGCGGGGCGGGGCCAGGCCUGCGGUGGGGCGGGGCCUGCGCGCUGGGGCAGGAACUGCGGCGGCCCGGUGCAGCGGCAGCGCGGGGCCAUGGCGGGCAGCGGGCGUGGGGCUGGCGGGCGGGUGUUGCACGCGGCGCAGGCCGAGGACGUGGCGUCGGCCUCCAACUUCCGCGCCUUCGAGCUGCUGCACCUGCACUUGGACCUGCGGGCCGAGUUCGGGCCUCCGGGGCCGGGCCCGGGCAGCCGCGGGCUGAGCGGCUCGGCGGUGCUGGACUUGCGCUGCCUGGAGCCCGGCGGCGCUGCGGAGCUGCGGCUGGACUCGCACCCGUGCGUGGAGGUGACGGCGGCGGCUCUGCGGCGGGAGCGGCCGGACGCGGGGCAGCCGGAGCCGGAGCCGGAGCCGGAGCCGGUGCCGGUGUGUACGCGGCCCUUCUCGCACUACGGCCAGGCCCUGUGCGUGCGCUUCCCGCAGCCCUGCAUCGCCGGCGAGCGCCUGCGGGUGCAGCUCACCUACCGCGUCGGCGAGGGACCCGGGGUUUGCUGGUUGGCUCCGGAGCAGACAGCAGGAAAGAGGAAGCCCUUCGUCUACACGCAGGGUCAGGCUGUCCUGAACCGGGCCUUCUUCCCCUGCUUCGACACUCCUGCGGUGAAAUGCACAUACUCCGCUCUUAUUGAGGUCCCAGACGGCUUCACAGCUGUGAUGAGUGCUGACACCUGGGAGAAGAGAGGUCCAAAUAAGUUCUUCUUCCGGAUGUGUCAGCCCAUCCCGUCCUAUCUGAUAGCUUUGGCCAUCGGAGAUCUGGUUUCGGCUGAAGUUGGACCCAGGAGCUGGGUGUGGGCCGAGCCCUGCCUCAUCGCAGCUGCCAAGGACGAGUAUGACGGGGUCAUAGAAGAGUUCUUGGCGACGGGAGAGAAGCUUUUCGGCCCCUACAUUUGGGGAAGGUGUGGUAUCGCGUGGACUCUCACGUCUCUGUUUUUACAGUACGACGUGCUCUUCAUGCCCCCGUCCUUCCCAUUUGGAGGGAUGGAGAACCCCUGCCUGACCUUCGUCACCCCCUGCCUGCUGGCGGGGGACCGCUCCUUGGCCGACGUCAUCAUCCACGAGAUCGCCCACAGCUGGUUUGGGAACCUGGUCACCAACGCCAGCUGGGGGGAGUUCUGGCUGAACGAAGGCUUCACCAUGUACGCCCAGAGGAGGAUUUCCACCGUCCUGUUUGGACCCGCCUACACCUGCUUGGAAGCCGCCACCGGGCGGGCUCUGCUUCGGCAGCACAUGGACAUCACGGGCGAGGACCACCCGCUGAACAAGCUGCGCGUGAAGAUCGAGCCAGGUGUCGACCCAGACGAUACUUACAACGAGACCCCCUACGAGAAAGGCUUCUGCUUUGUCUCCUACCUGGCCCACCUGGUGGGUGACCAGGACCAGUUUGACGAUUUCCUCAAGGCCUACGUGGAUGAGUUUAAGUUCCAAAGUGUCCUAGCUGAUGACUUUCUGGAAUUCUUCCUGGACUAUUUCCCUGAGCUGAAGAGAAAGAGGGUGGAUUCCAUCCCGGGAUUUGAAUUUGAUCGCUGGCUGAACACCCCGGGCUGGCCCCCCUACCUCCCUGACCUCUCCCCCGGGGACUCCCUCAUGAGGCCGGCUGAGGAGCUGGCCCAGCUGUGGGCGGCCGAGGAGCUGGACGUGAGGGCCAUUGAGGCCGUGUCCAUCUCUGCCUGGAAGACCUACCAGCUGGUUUAUUUCCUGGAUAAGAUCCUCCAGAAAUCUCCUCUCCCUCCCGGGAAUGUGAAAAAACUUGGAGAGACGUACCCGAAGAUCUCAAAUGCCCAGAACGCGGAGCUACGGCUGCGAUGGGGCCAGAUUGUCCUCAAGAACGACCACCAGGAGGAUUUCUGGAAAGUGAGGGAUUUCCUGCACAGCCAGGGGAAGCAGAAGUACACCCUCCCACUGUACCACGCCAUGAUGGGGGGCAGUGAGGCCGCCCAGACCCUCGCCAAGGAGACCUUCGCGGCCACGGCCUCCCAGCUCCACAGCAACGUGGUCCACUACGUCCAGCAGAUCGUGGCGCCCCUGGGCAGGUAGAGGCUCCCGCCGUGGCCUCUGCGUCUGCAGACCGCCAAUUCCAGUUCUCAUCAGCUUCCCAAGUUCACGUCCCCGUGGGGUAACCUGUUCUCUGGGCUUGGUGUUCGGGACUCUGGGCUUCUGCUCUGACUGGACGGCUCUGGACCCGUCGUGCGACCAGCAACCUCCAUGCUCUCUGGGCUGGGUGGGCGGCAGGCUUCGCCCUCCCCGCCUGGGUCUUGGAAAAAGCGGGAAGGAUUUUCUUUUCUCUCUCUCUUUUCUUUCUUUUUUCUUUUUUUUUUUUUUUUUGCUGAUUCUUGAAGUACUGUGCAAAGGGCUGAUUUCUGGUGAUUCCUUUUUCAGGUUUAAUCAUUAUUUUAAUAAAUAUUUUUAAGUGAAAAGUA